AUGUCUGCAAGUAACAAUGGUAAUGGAUCUAACCGGAACAGUAGCAUAUGGCUAACGGGUGAGAUUUCAGAAUUCAAUAUUAAAGAUGAUGAUUUCAGUGCAUGGAUUGAAAGAUUCGAAUUAUUUGUGUUAUUAAAUGAUUUCAACACCCAUAAAAAAAAUAUAUGUUUCUUACUUUUUUGGGCAAUGACGACAUUAUUAAGAGAUUUGUGUAUACCUAGUAAGCCUAUUGAUAAAGAUUGA